AGUAAAACAGUGCGUGGUUCACAAUCAAACAGCUCGAAUGAUACAUCAGAGACCACACCUCUGCUACACCAAGACGCCUUUACUGCAGGACAUGUCUGUCAUGGGGAGGUUCCGGGGCGAAUGCCUUCAGCGGAAAGAAUGAUUUAUGGAAUAAACGAUGACUGUGUGGCAGGUCACAUCAUAUCAGAUGUCUGUGAUGGGGAAGUACUGGGGCAAUUGCUGUCUCCAGAAAGAAUGGUUCAUGGCAAAAGUGAUGACUGUGUGGCAGGUCGCAUUCUUUCAGAUAAGGAGCUGACCUCGAAUUCUGACUACGUGAGACCAUGUUGUUGUCCAUGUUGUAAAUGGGGGACAUUCAACAUUAAUGUAAAAAAGAUUUGUUCAUCAUGCUAUCAGGGCUUAGGGAAUACGUGCAGAAACGGAUACUUAAGAGGACAAAUUUGUAUUGGUGACUGUCGAUGCGAGGUUAAUACAGGCAGAACCGAAUACAGAAGUGGAAACAUUUGUACGGAUGACUGUGUGAAAAGUUGCGGUAGAUGCCUGCGUGAUUUAGGAGAAGGUGUUACAGCCUCUUGUAGUGGAAAUGGAGACGCUGUGUCCCAAUGUGCAAAUGGAAUAUGUACAGGAUUGUCAUUUGUAGCGACUGGAACAUGUUCAGCACUGUCAUUUCUAGGACAGUGUUGUUAUGAAAUCUGUUCGGUGCAGUUGUUACUGCACUUAUUCCUUCCACUUUGUUCGAUGAGCAUCUCAAUAUCUAGUGUUGUCUUGCCAUAUUGGGCAUGGGGUGAAACAAACGUUAUAGCGGUUGGUCUGUUUGAAUACUGCAAUUUUACUGAGGAGAACCGCAUUUCAAACCAAAGCGAGUGUUCAUCAUUGUUUGUCUGUUUUCAAUCAGAUUUCAAAAUACAUUUGCUCAUAAAGGCAGCUUCCGGUCUACAGAUCACAUAUAUUGUCUUACACGUUAUAACUAUCUUACUGGCAACAAUAAGCCAACAAAAAGAAGACGAUUCGUACGAUCAGCCGGAUACAUGUCAAUACUGCAAUGGGGUUGUUGUUUUGAUUGCGGCUGCAAUUUGCUACAUCGGCAUCAUCGUAUUUUUAUCCGGUGUUAUCCAAUCACACAGUUUUAAAGGCGGUCCACCGCGCCUGUCAAUCAAUCUGGCGAUGAUAUCAUGUGUUUUGUACCUCACUUAUGCAGCCGUUUGCUUUGGACAGCCUAAAGUGCACAUAUGUGUACCAACGUCGACUGCUGUGGUCUAUUUACUGAUAUUUAUGAUGACAAACAAAACUGUUUUGAUCGUUGUAUUAGUUUUGAUUGGUCUGUUUAUAUCAGGUACGCUUAUCGUUUUGCUCAAGAAAUGCAGAAAGUAAUUAACUGCAUGGCUAUAACAAAAAACGCAGGAAAGUGGUAUGCUUACCAUUGCACUGUGCAGGAAAUUCAGACAGUAAAUAACUGCAUAAAUAGAGAGAAACUUAAGAGAAGUAACACUCAUUUCUAGUGUUUCACGACCAACGCCACACUUUAAUAAAAGAAUUACUUGUGUAAUAAACUUAAAACAACAUUAUAAAAAGUGACAUAUGUUAUGAGAAAAUUAUAAUUGCUGGAAUGUCACCAUCAUGUAAAGGAUGACGUUUACACAAUCCCACGUAUAAGUACAAACAGUGCGGUGAAAAUGUAAGCAGCAAGUAGAUCAAGUACAUCCAGCAUGUUAACAAGUUGUUGUUUUUUAAUCACAAAUCAUUCAGCUUCAAAACCUAUACUAAUGAAAAGAAGUCAAUGGUCUGAAAUGGUUUAACUUUGUUUUGAUUCAAUGUCAUGUGUUAAUAAAAAGUGGAAAAAAACCCAUCUAAUACUUCGGAAAAGAUGUAAUUGUGUUUAAUAGACAACGGUUUUAUUUUUUGGGAUUAAAUCUGUGCUGUUUUUUGGCGACAUUGCGUGUAUCUGAUUUGUCUGUAAAGUUUAUUAUAAUAAGAUAAAUUCAAUGUUUGAUUCAGGUAGAAAUAAUUUAAUGUCUAAACUUUAAAAUAAUUAAUUUCUAAAUAACAUCGAAAUUUUGUUUCAGUAGAAAGGCUAUUGUAAACCUCAAAUUUAUGAAAACAAAACAUGUAUUAAUUUACUUUACGAAAGUCAAUUUAUUGUUGACGUUUGUUUAGAUCAAAUUGAUUCUGCUGUUUUUCUUCCUUUCUCCAUUAAAAAUCACCUUUUAUACAAGUUUAAUGAAUUAAUAUUAUUAAUAUAACUACUGUACAAUAAUAUUUCCCUCAAUGAAUUAAUAUCCAUAUUAAAUGAAAUGCGAAACUGUUCCUACAAGGAACAUACAUGUAGGAGU